AUGCCCUCCUCCGCGUACGGGCAGCGCGCCCUGGGCGCACUCGUGCUCUUCGGCACCGCGGCCGGCUUGAUGGCCGUCUUGGCCUCCCUGCUCGUCUUCCAGAUCCAGGCGGGGCGCCGGGCGGACGCGGCGGGCGCCGGGGGCUCGCCGGAGGGAGCCAGCCGGGUGCUGAUGCCGCUGUCGGCCGUCCUGGCCUCGCUCUGCUUGGUGCUGAGUCUCAGUUGCCUCCUGCUGAGUCUGCUGCACGGCUACUGCGGCGCGGAGCGGUGCGCGCCGCCAGGGGGCGCCCUGGGGCCGGACAGAGGCGACUGGUUCCUUGUGGACAGCCGUAAGGUGCGCCAUGUGGCAGUCGGCUUGUUUUGCUGUGGGGUCUCGGCCUACCUUGCAGCCCUCUCUAUGUAUAUGCUGGUGCAGUUUGAAACCGAAACGGGGAUCACAAGUGCAUGCGUCCUGUCAUCGGGCAUUGUGGUCUUGUUCAUCACGGUGACCCACACUCUGAUCCGGGCCGGCAAAGCCACAAGACUCAGCCAGGGAGAACUCUCACACACCCUCUACGAAAACGACUCGGCCCGCAGCGAGGAACUGCCCACCGCUCCCCUUGACAACUCCAAGAGCGUGCCCGCUGCCCCCCGGCCGCGCCCAGAGAUCCACCGUGAGUUUUCGUACCCACCGUACGUCGAGCAGAAGUCCCACCUCACCACCCCGGUGAGCAGCGACGUCACCUCCUCGGGGAGCACAGAGCGGACACCUGAGAAAGAUUCCUACAGCGUGCCCAGGAUGCACCGGACCCUCUCAGCGGAGUCUGGUCUUCUACAGCUGCACGGGAAGUUCUGGAACGGGGUCACGCAAGAAAUGAGGAACGUCCUGUCCCGGAAACAGGCCGGCGCAGGGAAAGACUCGACCUUGGUGUGAAAAAAACCUCACAGAUGAGUAAACUUGUCUUGGUGGCGGUCUCUGGGAACCUGCUAGCCCUUGGUAGGCUCCCUGCCUCUCAGGACAUUUAGUUCUUCAGCGUUUAUGGAACUGACUGCCACAAGGUGGUGGCUGCUUGCUGAGACAGCAUUGAAAGAGGCCUUGGAAGAUUCCAUGGAGCAUAAAAGUUGGUGCAGUCGAUAGCUACUUGUGAUGGAUCCUCCAGCAUUAGAGGCAUAUACCACUGAACAGCAGUCGCUGGGGAGGGGCAGGGAUAUGGAAGGGCUUUGUUUGGGGGGCAUCCCAGAGGCCUCUGGCUGGCCACUGUGAGGAACACAGUUCUGGAGUGGACCUUUGGUCUGAUUCGCAGGGCUCUCGUGUCAAUGAUGGAGAUCCUGUUGCCCCCCAGAUACUGUUGGGCUCCCAACUCCCCUCAGCCAGCAUGGCCAAUGGUCAGACAAUGGGAGCUGGGGGUCUGAACACAUGGGGGGCUACAGAUUCCUCCUCUCUGUCCCGGCUUAAUUGCAGAGCUCAGGGGUAGGGAACCUCAGUCCUGUAGGCUAAACGUGGCCCUCAGGACUCUUUCCAGGCCCCCCACCCCUCACUGACCCUGUUUCCUUUAUGGUUUUGGCCUGCCUGGGAUGUGCCCUUGAAAAAGUGGGGUCAAGUCCAGGAAGCCUCCUCACCCUGAUGCACACAUAGAUCUAGGCCCCGGUGUUAAUAUCGAGAAGGCUUUUCGAAAAAUUGAACGCCUGUGAUGCAUCUGGAAGAGAUUUUGACAUCAAACUGGACUAGAACUUUGAUUUGGAUUUCUGCAUUGUGCAGGGGGUUGGACUUGAUGGUCUUAUAGGCCCCUUCUAACUCUACUAUUCUCUGAGUCUAUGAGAGCCUUGAAAAAACACAGGCACGUACACACAAGCUUUUUCAGCUCCAGGGGACCAUUUCCUGACUCCUCCUAUUCCACAACCUCUAGUUUGGUGAACCCAGAGGAACAAUUUGGCUCAUGGUGGGCAGGUAUUGUGUGUGUGAGUGCCCGUGUCUGAUGUGUUAUGCAAUCAUUUCAUGCUAGCAAGGUGUAACCCGGGCACGACCAACCUAGAUGGGCCGAUGGUAUGACUCGGCAUAAGGUAGCUUCCUAGAUUCCUGUUUCAAUCAGAAUCAUGAGGACCAGGAUCUUAACUUUAUUUUUUAAUGGAACAGUUGCAGCUGCAUGCAAGAGCCCCACUAGAGGCUAGAGCACAGUUCACUCUCUCGAGCCAUUGCAAUAAACGUUCUUUAG